AUGUGUGGCCAUUAUGACGACCCUGAAUACAAGGCUCUCGAAAGCCACGAUGCUGUCCCGUCACAGUCUACUCCGGCGUCCUAUUCUUUUCCUGAUGAUCGACUAAAGCAGACCAUGGACGACCCCGAGAGAAUUCCCUUACUUCUUGUCGCGUGCGGCUCGUUUUCGCCAAUAACCUACCUUCACCUACGUAUGUUUGAGAUGGCUGCCGAUUACGUGAAGUUUAGUACAAAAUUUGAGCUCAUUGGUGGUUAUCUUUCGCCUGUAUCGGAUGCAUACAGGAAAGCCGGGCUGGCUAGUGCGCGACAUAGAAUCACAAUGUGCCAGUUGGGUGUUGACAAAACAUCGAAUUGGUUAAUGGUUGACCCCUGGGAGGCCUUGCAAAAGCAAUAUAGCCCUACCGCUAAGGUAUUGGACCAUUUUGAUUAUGAGAUCAAUAUUCGUCGUGGUGGAAUAGAUAUUGGGAACGGUGCUCGUCGGCCAGUGCGGAUUGCUUUGCUGGCAGGCGCAGACCUAAUUCAUACCAUGUCCACACCAGGCGUUUGGAGCGAGGAGGACUUGGAUCACAUCUUAGGCCGAUACGGGACCUUCAUUGUGGAGCGAAGUGGCACGGAUAUUGACGAAGCCAUUGCUGGUUUACAACCAUGGAAAGACAACAUCUAUGUUAUUCAGCAACUCAUACAGAACGACGUCAGUAGCACUAAAAUACGUUUGUUCCUGCGACGUGAGAUGAGCGUUCGAUAUCUUAUCCCAGGGCCCGUGAUCAACUAUAUUGAAAAGCAUCAGUUAUAUGAAGAGGACAAUGCCCCCAGCAUAUCCUCAAGUACUCUUGACAAAGGGGGUGACCAAGACGCGUCUAAGCAACAGUCCAAAGACAAGGAGCUGUCUUCAAAUUGA